AUGGCCUCUGACUCACAGUCACCGCAUCUCUUCGGGGUGGGCUUACAAUCCGUCCACUCCAUCCCGGAUGCGAGUAUGGAGAAAUCCAUUAAUCAAUCGGGUGGUCGCGGUGGCUGGGGAUGGGGUCUCUAUUCAACGUGGCAUGCAAACAUCCAUCCCAGCGCCUCUCUCCAAGUGGAUCUCCCGCUUCACUUUGCGCCGUUGGACUCGCUGAGCUUCGCGGGCCAAUUUGCGAAUCACACAGACAUGCCUGUGUCUCAUCUUACUUUGACCGUUUCCCACCUCCCAACCUCGACAUCAUUCUUUCUCUCCUGCCUACAGCCUCUGGGUUAUCAAUUCAUUGGCCGUCAUGAUGACUAUAUUGGCUUUGGCCAAAACUCCGGUGAACCGGCAGACUUUUGGAUAACAGAACAAAAACCCGGGGUUCCUGCUGGAGCUGCGCACGUUGCGUUUCCUGCGCCAUCUAAGGAUGCUGUGGGCUCGUUCUUUAUCUGCGCUUUGAAGGCUGGCGGGAAAAUUCAUGGUGAACCAAAAACACGGGAUUCGGAAUCAGGAUACUACAGCGCAGCUAUUAUCGAUUUUGAUGGCAACAGCAUUGAAGCAGUCUAUCGGGCCAGCAGCUCAUCGGCGAGGUCGGAAGUUAGCAGGCCAGCUUUGGCUCUGCUUGAGAACGGAUCGGUAGUGUCCAAGGCCACUAGCAAGGUCAGCUCCAUGAAGCCCGAGAGCAUCGCGCCGCCAAAGUCGGAGGCCAGGUCCCACGUUUCAAGGGCGAUGACUACCGUGGAACGAGGCAUGCCAUCUGAGAGAAGCACUCCAUCCGUCUCCCCACGGGAAAUCCAGCAGGGUCCCUCGCCAACAUACAUUGUACAUACAGCCCACACAACCCAGAAGACGGAUGAUAGCAAAGCAGCAAAAACCAUCGUUGGUACUCUGAUCGGUGCUGCAGCAGGCGCUGCACUUGCAUACGCCUUCUCAUCCACGGACGACUCGGAGACAUCUGAGACAGCACCACCGCCUCCCCAGUAUUCUCCGCGUGAUUUUGCCCAGCUAGCGUCUCCUUCCCUGGCCUCGUCACAGGCGCAGGAGCACCAGGGUCUCAGGGCCAUAGAGGCACCUCCUCCUAAGAGCGUCUAUUCUCAAUACGAGGGACGCCCGACACUGACUCGCAGCGUCACUUCGAAGAACCCUCGUGCCAGCACCAUCUACGAGGCCACAGACUAUGUCCCUCGAGGUGGGGGCAGUGUUUACCUUGAUGAGAACGGCCGCCGAGCCUCGGAGGGGAGUGUUUACAGCUCGAAGGAGAUCCCUCUGCGAGCAAUUGAGUAUCCGCCACCGAUGGAGUCGCGAGAAUAUGCCAGCACUUUCAUCAGCAGCUUCCCUGAUCGAUCGCGUGCGAUGGACAAGGGGAGUGUGUAUUCGUCGUCUACCAUCAAACCAUCCAAGGCCAACUACCAGGACCAUCAUUCCUCUCACCACAAUACACAUCGGUCAUCGCACCAUUCCUCCCGGCAUUCGGCGAUGAGAUCGCAUUCUGGAAGCGUUGUCUCCUCCACCCGCAGCGCUCGCCAUAUGCCACUCCCGGAAGGCUCGAUCGCGUCUCUUGCGACCUACCGCAGUGCCCCCAAAUCUGGGGUGUCCGCACGCGAGAUUCCCCUCCCUGACAGUAUCCUUGACGGCGCCGAUGUGGACAGCCAUGUCACGCCUGAUGAUUCCAUCAGCCAGGUUGACGAUUCGCGAAGGUCUUCUUACUCCCAUCGAUCCUACACCUCGAAGCCAGCCUCCCGUGUCUCUAAACAGUCAAGUAAAUUCGACGAGCCCGUGCAGCCCAGCGAUAGUGUGAGCCAGGUUUCCAGUCAUGCCUCCAAGGUUUCUCAGAGAACCGUCAAGGCCGGUGGCAGUAUCGCGGGAGCUUCUAAGGCGGGUUCGAGGAUGAGCAGCAGUCGACGAGGCAGCGCGGUGGCCUAG